GCUCCGACUUGACGCGCGCGAACAAUGUCUGUGGGCUACAUCGCGGCGCACAGAUGCUACGCUCGCCGUGUGGACCCUGCCGUCUCCAUCCGCUCCACAGCAGCAGCAGCAGCAGCAGCGGCAGCGUCCUCUUAACUGCCCGGGAAACUGCACCGUUCGGCGAGGACCCCCGCCGAGGAAGCGCCGCCCGGCUGAGCUCCCUCCCUCCCUCCUCCCCCCCCACGGCGCGUGGACGCGGUCCCAGCGGCGCGAUGGCAGAUGAUUUGGGGCUACCUGUGUGGUACACCAACAACAGGUCGCGUGGAUAAUCCCCUCCACGACCCCUAACCCGCGUCAUGUCAUCGUUUUGGGAGGACCACGGCGUCGCCGUGUCGGCUUGAUGUGACCGGAGAGAACCGAGCGGUACCGGUGGGCUGCUCGACCCUCGCGCUGGCGACCGAGGAACCCCCCAAACUGGCGUGGAGCAGGUGCAGUGUGGCCGAGGGGCUCAGCAGGAUGGAAAUAGAUGCCCGGUUUCGCUACUAUUUCCAGCACCCGUGGUCGCGCCUCAUCGUGGCCUACCUCGUCACCUUCUUCAACUUCCUCAUCUUCGCCGAGGACCCCAUCUCUCACAGCCAGACGGAGGCCCACAUGAUCGUGGUGGGCAACUGCUUCUCCUUCCUGUUCAACAAGUACCCGGGCCUCGGAUGGAACGUCCUGAAAGUGGUAUGCUGGAUACUCGCCAUAAUCACCGGCAUGUUAGCCGGGAAGUUCAUAUUCCACCGGCAGCUCUUUGGUAAGUCAUGCGCACAUCAAUGCAGGGGGAAUGUGCACAGUAAGGGCUCCGCUCAUAGCGGAGGGGGGGAGUCCUUCGGCCUUUGUUGUGGCUGCUCACCGGUGAAAAGCACUUUUCCACUCGUGUUUCAUUGUUUCCCGGGGCCAAAAGACAAUGCAGUUUCAGAGAAAUAUCUCUUAGGCUUUUGCGUCUUCUGUCUCACCGGCACAGCGGAGUCAAACAAUACGUGCAAGUCCUUAAAAGAAGUGUCGCAUGUUACAUGAUAGGUUCAUUUAUCUCCUUAAAUGUCAGAAAUAGUGAAGUAUCUCAUUUUCUUAAGCCCAAGCUGUCAUUUACUUGUUAAUUUGAUUAUUUACUAAUGUUCUAUCCUAUUAGAGUCAGACACUGGUUAAAAAAAUAUCCUCAAAUGAUCGGAAAUUACUCAACUAAUUAAUCCACUAAUUGGUUCAGCUCCAGGUUCUGAUGGAUAAGUGAGGCAACAGCAUGGAUAAAUAUUUAUUGUACUAACCCCCAUAGUGUACAUGGGAGAUUUAUGUCAUCUCCUGCUGUAGGAUAGAUUAUUUUUUUUCUCUAAUUACUCAUAUUUUAAUCUGUAUAAAGAUUUUAGUCUAUGUAUCAUUUUUUAUUUGUUUUAAGGACUGUUCUUCCUGUUUCUGUUGGGUCAUUGGUUCUUUUCUCAUUCUUCUCAUUUGUACCUUUCGGGCCUUUGACCUGUUUAAACAUGCACAGAUCUAACAC